CAGAUCAUUUGGAUUUUGGAGUUCCUCUCCGUCUCGGCUCUUAUUGUUCUGAUUUUGAAAGACGAGACUCGUGCAUGAGUCUUUGUUGGAGGUAGAAUUUUAGUGCUUAAUGCUCGCAGUAGAGUCAAAAUACUUACUGGACUUCAUUGACUUUUUCUGGUGUACGGGUACGGAGUUUUCGCAGCUGCAUGUUUGAAAUAGUACUCUGAGUACCGUAAUCAUUUUCUGCGGACAUGACAUCGAUAAUCCAGAGCCAGCGCGUAUUGUUAAGUCAGAUUUGCAGAGCAAGACUCUUGGCAGUGCCGAAGCAAAAUGGCAAGUGGCGGCUAUCAAUCAGCGACGACUCAUCAGCGAAAACGAUUCCCAAGUUUCGUAUCUACACGAAAACGGGCGAUAAAGGAACGAGCGCCACGUUUACCGGCGAAAGACGCUCUAAGACCGAUUUGAUAUUCGAGGCGCUUGGAAGUACAGACGAAUUAAGCUCGACAAUUGGAGUAGCUCGCGAGUUUGCGUCCGAGUUUGGGCAUGACUUCGACAAGGAACUGGAAGAAAUUCAGUGCAUCUUGCAGGAUGUCGCGUCUGCUUUGGCCACGCCGAAAACAUCAGCCCGCGAAGCGCACUUAGCUCGGACGGUUUUUUCUAUGGACCAUGUUACGAGCUUAGAAGAACGGAUCGAUAAGAUGGAGGAAGACCUGCCAGCCCUCAAAAACUUCAUCUUACCGUCGGGUGGAAAGACCAGCGCUUUCCUCCAUCAAGCGCGUUCAGUGUGUCGGCGUGCGGAGCGUGCAGCCGUGGCUCUGGUCGAGAGCGGACAAGUGGACGGAGAGCCCUUGAAAUUUCUCAAUCGCCUCAGUGACUACUUGUUCGUUUUGGCGCGCUAUGCGUGUCUGAAGGAAAAUAAGGUGGAAAAAAUCUAUGUCAGACCACAGCCGGAGAAAAUCCCUCGAAAACAGCCGCCGUGAUGUGUCGACAAUAAUCGGAUCAGAUGAAUGAUGUACCGUAAAUGUUUCUGUAUGCGGAGGUAAUUAUCAGCAUAAUCGCUCAGUAAUUACUGUUGAUGUCUCAUCUCUUGUGCGGAACUGGAAAUAUACUGAGCGCUGCAGUGGCUGCUGCGAUAGACCGGUUUUGUCGACUAAUCACUGCGGAUAGAUAUCUUUUUGCGAUACUAUUUCGACAUUUUGCAGUAGUAUUUGCUUUAAAUUUUAUAUUUGUAAGUUCUUCAAAAUGCAGUUAAACCGAUGUCUGAA